AUGGAUUAUUUUGCUUUCCUUUUGGCUAUUCUUCAUGUAUACAAAGCUCUCUGUGAAGAGAUAUUUUGGGACACGACUGUUAAACUUGCUGAGAAUAUGACUCUGGAAUGCGUGUAUCCAUCCACGGACAUCUUAACGCAGAUGGAGUGGUUCAAGAUCAACUUAAUGGAGAGGGAGGCCAUAGCCAUUUUCAGCCCUACUCACGGUGUGAUCAUCAGGGAGCCUUACGCUGAUCGGGUUUCCUUUUUGAAUUCCACGAUGGCUCCCAAUGAUAUAACCCUUUCUUUUCACAACGCCUCCGAAGCUGAUGUUGGCUACUAUUCCUGCUUCCUUCACACUUUCCCACAGGGAACUUGGGAAAAGGUGAUACAGGUGGUUCCGCCAGAUAGUUUUGACAUAGCCGUGCCAUCAACUAGCCACGUAAUCUCAGAACCUGGAAAAAACGUCACACUCCUCUGUCAGCUUCAAACGAAGUGGCCAGUGCAACAGGUUACGUGGGAAAAGAUCCAGCCCCAUCAGAUCGACCUCUUAACUUGCUGCAAUUUGUUCCAAGGCAGAAAUUACACCUCAAAAUACCAAAGACAAAUACUGACCACCUGCACCCAGGGAAGCAGGGGAAGUUUCAUCAUCAUUCCGAACGUCACUGUCUCUGACUCGGGAUUUUACCGCUGCUGCUUCCAGGCCAGCACCGGAGAGAACGAAACCUUCGUUGUGAGGCUGACCGUGACUGACGGUAAAACCAAUAACCAAUAUAUCCUCUUCAUGGCUGGAGGGACAGUUUUAUUGUUGCUGUUUGUUAUCCUAAUUACCACCGUCAUUGUCAUUUCCUAUAACAGACGGAGGAGGAGACAGAAAAGAGACCUAUGUAAAGAUUUCUGGGAUACACAGAAAAAGGCACCCAACAACUCUAGAAGUCCCACCUCUGCCAAUCCACCCACAGAUGACGCAAGAGAGGAUAUUUAUGUCAACUACCCAGCCUUCUCUCGUAGACCAAAGGCUAGAGUCUAG